GCCGGAGCUCGCCCAAUCGGAGAGCCGGGCUCACCGGCUCCGCCCCCCGCCGCCGGACCCACCUCCGUCCCCCACGGCCUUUAAAGGUUUUUCCCGCACGCUGCUCGUCCUCGCUGAGCUCUCGACCGCCGCCGGCCGCAAACCGACGACCUCCCCCGAGACAUGGAGCGAACGUUUAUCGCAGUGAAGCCGGACGGCGUCCAGCGAGGUUUGUGCGGCGACAUCAUCAAGCGCUUCGAGCGCAGAGGCUUCAGGCUGGUGGCCGCCAAGUUGACGCAGGCGUCCGAGGAGCGCGUGAAGACGCACUACGCCGACCUGAAGGCCGCGCCGUUCUACGCCGGACUCUGCGAGUACAUGGCGUCCGGACCCGUCCUCGCCAUGGUGUGGGAGGGGCGGCGCGUGGUCAAGCUGGCGCGGACGAUGCUGGGAGAAACCGACCCGGCCGAGUCCAAACCCGGAAGCGUCCGAGGAGACCUGUGCGUCGACAUCGGCAGGAACGUGAUCCACGGCAGCGACACGGUGGAAAACGCCAAGCGGGAGAUCGAUUUGUGGUUCACGGCUGACGAGAUGCUGGACUACACUUCCUGUGCGCACGCCUGCCUCUACGAGUGAAACGCGAAAAACGUCACGACCGUGAAAAGCAGUCUCCAAUAAAGCCUCACAUGAUUGCGACAAAAAAA